AUGCCCAAAUCUAAUGGCUCCGACGACCCCGUCUCCACCAUCCCCCACGAACGCCCCGAAGACCGCCCCGACUUCUCCCAACCGCUCCCCAAAAAGAAACUCCCCGACGCCCUCCAACAAACGCUCGACUCCGACGAACGCUUCUGGGAUGUCCUCUCCUCCGGCAAAGGCGAAGACAGCACCGAGUCCGGCGUCCGCUAUGCCGCCUACGCCUCUCGUCUGCGGACGAUCAUGCUCUCCGCGCAGCGGUACAUCGCCUAUACUAGUGAUAUAGGCGAGUCGUUCCGGCCGGUCGCGCAUCCGUAUCUCGUGCGCGGGGCGUACGGGGUUAGUUGGCUGUACUUGGGCGGAGAUGUCGCGCAUGAGGGGUAUAAGGCCUAUGUGCGGAAUCAGAACAUUCUGCACCCCGAGACGGAUGGGAAGAGUACGGAGCUAGCGCCUGCGGCGACGGGUGUGGUGCCGGCGAUUGACGAUUAUAGGGCGAGGAUGGCGGAGCGGGCGGUGUUCCAGGGUGUAGCGAGUAUGGGGCUGCCGGCGUUUACGAUACAUUCGAUUGUGCGGUAUAGUGGGCGGGCGAUGAAGGAUGUCAAAAAUGUGAAGGUACGGACGUGGGGACCGAUAGGAUUGGGUCUGGCGGCCGUUCCAGCGUUGCCGUUCUUGUUCGACAAGCCGGUCGAGCAGGCGACCGAAUGGCUGUUCCACAACGCCUUUGAGCUGGUUGGAGGGCCCGCUGCGGUUGGAAAAGAUCCAAUCACAGGGGCGCAUGUGCCGCAGAAGGAGAAGGAGCUAUGA